AUGGGAAAUGGACAUUUUUCUAGUGAAGGUUAUAGAAGAUCGUGUAACGUACGUGAUAUGAAGUACUAUGAUAAAUCUGGAUCUGAAAUUCGUCCAACUAUAAAUGAAUUAUUACCCCUUGUUUCUCAAACAUCAUGCUAUGAUCUAAAGAUGGAGACUAGGAAGAUGGAUAGUAUUGACCAAAUUUUCUUGUUUCUUGGAGGCCCUGGUUGUGCUGAUUCGAGUAAUCAAGUUGGAGAUGAAGAUAUAAUUGAUUGUAUUGACGUGCAUAAGCAACUAGCUUUGACUCAUCCAUUACUUAAAAACCACAAUAUACAGAUGGAACCAAGAACGUAUCCAAGUACGUUGAAAUCAAUGAACGAAACAUUUGAGCUUAAACAAUCUUGGCACAAGUAUGGACGAUGUCCAUACGGUUCCAUCCCUAUUAGUCGAAAAUACAGUGCUUAUAACUCUAGCAAUGUACAAAGAAAAUCAGCAUCACCUUUUGCAGAAGUAUCACCAAAUCUUAUUAAUAUUCAUAAGUAUGCUAUGAUCCAAAUAAAAGCAGGUGACGAACCUGGAAAGUUCAGAGGAGUGCAUGGAGUUUUGAAUGUAUGGAACCCAGUUGUCAACCCUAUAGGUCUAAGCCUUUCACAAAUAUGGGUCGUUUCAGGUGAUGCUAAUAAUCUCAACACAAUAGAGGCUGGUUGGCGGGUACACCCAUCCGACAGUCAAAGUAGACCAAGGUUGUUCAUAUAUUGGACGAGAGAUAACUACAUGACUACGGGUUGCUAUGACCUAACUUGUCCGGGAUUUGUGCAAACGAACAAGGAUUUUGCUGUUGGUGCAUACAUAGAUUCCUCCUCUGUUUAUGGCGGUAUACAAAAAUCGAUUAACCUAUACAUAUACCGGGAUUCAUCAACAAAAGAUUGGUGGUUAACUUAUGGUGGCAAAGCUAUGGGAUAUUGGCCAGCUUCCCUAUUCACAAGCAUGACAGACAAAGGUGGUGAUAUAGUAGCAUGGGGUGGAGAAGUCGCAGAUGAAAUGGCGCAAGGUAACAACACUAUUACACAAAUGGGCAGUGGACAUUUCUCUAAUGAAGGUUUUGGUAAAUCAUGUUAUAUUCGUGAUUUAUUCUAUGUUGAUUAUGCUGAUAAUAACUUCAAAGAAGUUCAUCCUAAACAAGAGGAUUUUGAAGUCCUUACAUCUGUGCCGAAAUGUUAUGAUAGUAGAUUUGUCCAGAAUGCUGAGCUUAGAUUCUAUUUUGGAGGUCCUGGAUGUCAACCAACAUAA